UUGCGUCAUGUGUAACGCCUGAUCAGCGAUCGUUAAUGCUGGAGCUCACAACGCGUCGAAGGCUCAGAGCUAUCAGCCUUAUGUAGCUAACUUCUCCCCUCAUUCAUUAAAUACUCUUUUAUGUGUGCGGUAGAAGAACCGAGAUGUUCGCCGUGUUGCGCAGGUCCUGCUUGGCUGCUCCAAGCCAAACGACUGAAGGUCGCCCGCCAGCGGUAUGCACAUCUACCGCUGCCUAGAAAACCUGCCCAACGAGCUGCUACAGCUCAUCGUCUCGUUUUUGUCUACGCCCACGCUCAAGAGCACCGCGCUCGUGUGUAGGACACUCAAUCGCUGCGCAACCAGUGUACUUUGGCAGAAUGUCUGCCUGGUCGAUGAACGGAGACUCCACGUGAAGGAAGGUCCUGUUGGCUCGUGGGAGGAACGCGGACCCUACGCGUCAGAUGAGCACGACGAUACCCCCAUCAUACAGAAACUCUACAUACUGGCAACGAAUCCCACCAUCGCGGCCAAAGUGCAAACACUCACCCAUCGCUGCCACCUCCCCACGCCCAACAUAUUCAACGAGCUCCCCCGAACCUACUUCCACGGAGAAAACCUUUCGCAAGAUGAUCGUCUACACAUUCUGCUCAGGCUGGCCAUACGGAACCUCGUCAAUGUGCACACAUUGAGGUUGAUAUAUGGGCACUGGAGGCUCACAAGCGCACUGAUUAUAGGUUUCCUUGACCAGAAUCGCCCGCGACGCAUGCCUCUCCGCAAGCUGUGGUUGGAAAGCUGUACCUUCUCCAUCUCGACGAUGCAAUUUCUUCUACCAGCUUGCGCAACAGGACUGGAAUCAAUUCGUAUUCGGCGCAUGAGAGAGGAGGCGAUAGGCACUACGCAGCGGAAGGGCAUGGAUUUCAUGGACUUCAAACUUUCGCGAGGAGGUCAGCCCUACCAGAUGCACAAUGGCGCAGGCGGUUGGGUUGAAACAACGUUGCGUUUUGCUGAGAAAGGGUUGCCGGAACGAUGGCAUCAUCCGAAUGGGCCAGAGCUGAAGGCUAAGGCAGCAAAACUUGAUGCCGCAAUUUGGGCAACGCUCCCUGAUAUCAGAGAUUUCGUCGAUGCGUAUCAAAGCGAGGUGGACGACAUCAGAGUUUCCUCGCCGACUGUAGAGCCUACCCGUUGGCUGUUGGGAUGUUCGGCGUCGACACUUACCAGCUUGAAUCUCGACUGGAUUCUUUGGCGCCGAAGUGAAAACGAUUCCUUCGAUAACACAAAGAAUGUCUUGAAUGCUCUCAGCAGAAUGAGAUUUCCUAGCCUCCGCGCUUUUCAGAUUCGAAACGCCGUAAUGCCACUUACAAAACUUCCUGAUGACGUGUUCCUGUUGGAAGACACAUUUCUCACAUUUCUAGAGGCGCAUCCAAAGCUUCAAUGCCUGGGCUGGCCUCUAGAUAAGAUAUACAGUCACGUAAAGCCAUCAGUCGAGACACAGAGCCGUGCACAAAGAUUGAUUGCGCACCUGGCUACAGUGUUGACCGACCUUCGCCUUGACACCUGCUAUGUAGGCCAUGGGGAACCGCUCACAGACGAAGGUAGGACCACCGAACAGCGACAAGAACGCAUUCGUCGGAGGAGAUUCAUCGCCGACUUUGCCCCGCAUAUGAGGAGGCUACAGCAGAUCAAACUAGAAGGUGGCAUCCCCCGAGACGAGAAACGAGAGAUACUUAGAGCAUUGCAUUGGUGUCCCUUGAAAAAGAUUGUUCUCAUUGGCGUAUCAUUUCCCGCGGGAAACACGUGGGGAGACAAGGGGCGCGAACUCAAAGAACUUGAUCCAGGGCAGAGCUCAGAUACGGUGUACAACCUGGAAGAGGAGGAUCUCGACGCUAUCCUCGAAGCCUACAGAAACGGCUUCACCGUAUCAGAAGACCACAACAACUUCGAGCCCGACUACGACGGGCCAUCUCGGGCCCCUCUCCUGCAAAACAUCGCUCUCCAUCAUGCCGCCACAGUCGAAGAGCUGAAGAUAUGCGGCUACAACGGCUGUCCCAUUCUCUCGCAGCAGACUGCAAUCACGCGCCCACUCCUCGCACCGCUCCGCCACUUCGCUAAUCUGCGCCAACUCGUCGUGUCUUUCUGGCUGCUGACAUGGUUCGAGAAUGCAUACCGCGACUCCGAAAUCAUCGGCUCCUGGCACGAUACCCGUUCACCCUCUUCCACCGCUCUGGUCGUGGUCACUCCGCCCACGUCCCCAAGUCGCGAGCACCCCGUCGACCCCGGCCACAUGCCGCAGUUCAACCCCACAGUCGUGCCUCGUCAGCAUUUCAACCGCUGGUCUGUUGCGCUCAAAACGCGUUUCUCGCCUUCAGCCCUGGCAUAUCGCGUCGCCCACGAUAUCGCACCCUACCUGAGCCCCGUGGCGAAAGCGAGGCCCGGUGGCGUCAGGGUGCGCGCAAGCUUCUGUCUCGGCGCUACGGAAGAGAGGAGAGUCGCCAAGGAUAUUUUCGAUUUGGAUAUCAGGAUUGGGGCAGAUGAUCAGGUGUUGGAAUAUGUGGGGCCGAGGGAGGAGGGCGAGAAGGGGAGGUGUUGGGCGAAACUAGAGGAGAGGCGAUGGUUCUAGAAAGAGUGUAUUGAUGUUCUAGUCUUUCCCGUUGUUGGUGGCGAUUGUAUGAUAUUUGAUAGAUGGAAUAGGCGUUUUGCUCUUCUUGCGGAAUCUUGCUCUUCAGGUAUGGCUGGCUAGCCGUGCGGU